AUGAGAGUCUACUGUCGGAUAUUCGCUAUAAUUGGAACUGUCGGUAUAGUUAGCACAAACGUCAAAGAGAAUACCAUCGACGACCUCGCUUGUGGUCUUCACUCGACGAAUUCUGAGCUGGCUCAAACAAGAUCCGCACAGGAACCAGCCGAUUAUGUGACUCUGGAUCAUCGUCUGAUUGGAGGAACAGAAACUCGUCCGCAUGCGUGGCCAUGGACUGUUCAACUUCUUUCACGGCUCGGACAACACAGAUGUGGUGGAUCGUUGAUUGAUGCUAAUUUCGUCUUAACGGCGGCGCAUUGUUUUGCGAAGGACCGCCGCCCGACAUCGUAUUCUGUCCGAGUAGGAGGACAUCGAUCUGGUUCAGGGAGUCCACAUCGUGUUACAGCUGUUUCGAUUCAUCCAUGGUACAAUAUCGGAUUCCCCAGCUCAUAUGAUUUCGCUAUUAUGAGGAUCCAUCCACCAGUUAACGCAUCUACGACUGCUCGACCAAUUUGCUUGCCAAGUCUCCCUCCCAUCGAAAAUCGUUUAUGUAUAGUGACUGGUUGGGGAUCGACAAUAGAGGGAAGCGCAGUCUCAGCGCCAUCACUUCGCGAAAUUCAUGUUCCACUUUUGUCAACUCUUUUCUGCAGUGGCCUUCCGAAUUAUGUUGGACGCAUUCAUCUGCCAUCGAUGCUAUGCGCUGGAUACAGCUAUGGAAAAAUCGACUCAUGUCAGGGGGACAGUGGUGGACCUUUGAUGUGUGCUCGAGAUGGACAUUGGGAACUGACCGGUGUAGUGAGCUGGGGAAUAGGAUGCGCACGACCUGGAAUGCCAGGAGUUUACGGAAAUGUGAAUUCCGUGUCUACGUGGAUCAAUUUGGAAAUGAGCAGGCUUCGAAUCUAA